CCUUUCCCCCUAUCUUAGCUUAUCGUCCUCCUCUUUAAAUUCUCUCUAUUUUAUUCCAUCAUGUAGCUAGCAGACCUCACAUGGUCAUCAUAAGCAAGCAAAAACCCUAAUUCACUAUAAAUCUAUUGGCUCCUAGCCUACUUCCAAGCUCCUAUACUACCCUAAAAUUUUCUUAUCCACCUCUCUCUACUUUCCGUCUCUUCCUUUCUUUUUCGUUCAAGAACCAAAGAUCAUUAUAAAAAAAAAAAUCCAAAAGAUCAAAGAUAAUGGAACACAACCAAGAAGUGGAUUCUCCAAACUCUGUCAUCCAACAUCACCAUCACAACCACAACAACAACAACAAUAAUACGAUGUUAGCAGGUAAUAAUAAUUACCCUGCUUCAUCGUCUUCGAAUUCCCCAACAACCCUAAGCCGAUACGAGAAUCAAAAGCGUAGGGAUUGGAACACUUUCGGUCAGUACUUAAGAAACCACAGGCCACCACUCUCUCUCACUCGUUGUAGUGGGGCACAUGUUCUUGAAUUCCUUCGAUACCUCGACCAAUUUGGGAAGACUAAGGUUCACAAUCAAAUGUGUCCGUUUUUCGGACACCCAAAUCCACCAGCACCUUGUCCUUGUCCUUUACGUCAAGCUUGGGGUAGCCUUGAUGCACUCAUCGGACGGCUCAGAGCUGCUUAUGAAGAAAAUGGUGGAAAACCUGAAACUAACCCUUUUGGUGCUCGUGCUGUUAGGCUUUAUCUUCGUGAUGUUCGUGAUUCUCAGGCUAAGGCUAGAGGUAUAAGUUAUGAAAAGAAGAAACGCAAAAAACCAAAUACUCAACAACAACAACAAUCAUCUUCGUUGGCACCAGCAACUGCAACAUCAAGCUAAUGAUAAGAUUUGUUUUUAAUGGCAAAUCUUGUUUACUAGCAUAUUUUCAGUAUUGUAUGGUAUGUCUAUUUCUAGCAGCUGUUUAAAAAAAAAAAUUGGAACUUGCAAUUGGAACCCUUUUUUCCUAGGAGUACUAUUUAUGGGUAUUGAAACAAUGAUCUUGA